CGGGGCGGGGUCCCGCUGGAAGGCGGGUCUCUAUAAAGCUAGACACGCAGGGCGUCCCCUGCAAGAAAACUCUGGCCGCCGCUGCUAUCGCUGCGCGUUUUGGAGAGGAGCCUGCGGCGCUUUGUUACUUAAAAGAUCAACCUACAAUGGCAGACAACAGACCAAAUGCUGAUUCCUUGUCCCGGAGUGUGCUCAGCUGGGAUCAGGUCAGUCGUCUUCAUGAGGUCCUGUCCGAGGUGGUGCCAAUUCACGGAAGAGGCAACUUUCCAACUCUGAAGAUAACUCUGAAGGAUAUUGUCCAAACUGUUCGCCGCAGGCUAAGUGAAGCAAACAUUAAGGUGCACGACGUCCGUCUGAAUGGUUCUGUGGCAGGUCAUGUCUUGGUCAAAGACAAUGGACUGGGUUGUAAGGAUCUCGACCUUGUCUUUCAAGUAUGUCUCCCAAGUGAGACUGAGUUCCAGUUGGUCAGAGAUGUGGUUUUGCAGUCUCUAUUAAAAUUCUUGCCUGAAGGUGUCAACACAGUAAAAAUUAGCCCCAUGACCCUUAAGGAAGCCUACAUUGAAAAGCUGGUGAAGGUGUGCACCGAUAUUGACCGAUGGAGUCUAAUCUCUCUCUUCAACAAGCAUGGCAGGAAUGUGGAGCUCAAGUUUGUGGAUCGUAUAAGGCGGCAGUUUGAAUUUAGCGUGGACUCGUUUCAAAUAAUACUAGACUCUCUGCUCUUCUUCUAUGAUUGCUCAGAGAACCCAAUGUGCGAACAUUUCCACCCAACUGUGAUUGGAGAAAGCAUGUAUGGUGACUUUGAGGCAGCCUUGGAUCACCUUAAGAACAGGCUGAUAGCCACCAAGAACCCUGAGGAGAUUCGAGGAGGAGGCCUCUUGAAGUACAGCAACCUGCUUGUGAGGGACUUCAAGCCCAUGGACAAAGAGGAGAUCAAAACCCUUGAGCGUUACAUGUGUUCUAGGUUCUUCAUAGACUUUCCAGACAUUCUGGAGCAGAAGCGCAAGUUGGAGACAUACCUCCUGAACCACUUUGCCGAAGAGGACAGAAGCAAAUAUGACUACCUAAUGACCUUGCGUGAAGUAGUCAACGAGAGUACGGUGUGCCUCAUGGGACAUGAGCGAAGGCAGAUACUGAACCUCAUCUCCCUUCUGGCGCUCAGAGUGCUGGUAGAGCAAAACCUCAUCCCGAAUGCCACCAAUGUCACUUGCUAUUACCAGCCAGCUCCAUAUACCAGUGAUGCAAACUUCAGCAGCUACUAUGUUGCAGAUACCUAUGGCCAGUCUCAUCCCACCUGGCUGCCUUGUAACUGAUUUUGAGCUUCCCAUUUUUCAAAGCCCCCCUAACCAACUAGGUCUCAUACCAAUCGAAUGGCUCCUGGUUCUCUUCCCUCAUUCCUUAAAUAGCCUUGGUCAGCCCAUAGAGUGUGCCUCAUCUUUCCUCGUUUCCUCUCCUCUCCUCUCUAACUGGGGGAACUGUCCUAAUGCUUGUAUAUGUUAUUGCCCAAUGUUUCUGGAAACUGAAGAUAGAAAGAUGCUGUUGGGGCAAAGCCAGAGUAGUAGUAACUGCUCGAUUGCUUCCAUGCCAUGUUGUCUUCUGAAGUUUGAAUUAAGUUACCUUUGCAAAUAAUGAGGACUAGGCUGAUAUGACUAUGGAAGAUCAUAGCUACAAUCCUGUAUGCCAUUAGGCUGUUCAAAGUCAAUAGGACUGAAGCAGCUUCUGAAUUGUAUGCAGGACUGAAGCCAUUUUCUUUCCCCUCAAAAAGUCUUAAAUUAGCAGUUGACUCAUUGCUGCUGUAGCAGGACUAAAGAAUGAAUUUUAGUUUGGAGAGGAUAAUGAAGUCUGCCAACACUGUCACUUUUAGUUUAAAGAAAUGAAGGCUAUCCUAAAUUACAUGAUGCAGAAAUUCUAAGAACCCAAGUCAAGCAUUUUUUUUUAAAAGCAAAGUACUAGAAAAUAUAUGGUAAUUAUGAAACUUAAGUUUAAUAUAUUAUUUUCCACUGAUGCUUGGACUGACCUGCCAGGGAAACAGGGAAUACUCCCUGCCCCCCAGAGUUCAGCUGAAACUGCAGGAUUUUCCCCAGGUCUCUGAUGUCACAAGUCUGAUCAGUAGGAAACUGGGAUGGCUAUACUUUGUUGUGUUUAUGUAUUGUACCAUUGGCUUGUAAGUAUGCAUAGUUAUGGAUUUCUAGAGUACAGCAGUAUUGUUGAAGACAAAUUGGUAAAAAAAGCUCACUUGAAAUAAUUGUCCCAAGCUUGUAGAUGGCUUGGACUGGAAGAUGGUUUCUAUAACAUGGAUUUUCUAGUUUCGGGGGUGAUUCCCCUUGAAAAACGGGUUCAUUAAUUUGUUUAAAAAUAGAAUCAUUUAUUUAAAAAUGAUAUUUUUGGCCAAAGGUCAGUUGUGUGCCCCACCUCCUCGGCAAGCCUCAAAGUAUAUAAUGGGGUGCCUUCUCACAUGUGGUGUUUAAAGAACCUGGCUUUAAGAAAGGAUCCUGCAAAGAAGUGCUGUGUCCUAGCACCACAGUCUAAGUAAGGCUGUUAAAAGGGAACAUGGUAUAGACUAGAGAUAUGGAAGACCCAGGGGAAAAAAUGGCAAAAUUGGGGGAACACAUGUCCCCCACCCCCCAAUCCAGGCCUUCACAUCGGUAGUGCAAAGGAUCAGUGUUAUGGUUGGCAAUAUUAAUUUGCACUUCUGUUAAAGGAAUCCAUGUUUUGAUGAACUGUCACAGGUAUGGGAAAUGCAAAUACUGUAGUGGGUCCCAGCAGAAGUCUUGAAAUUUGUCUAUCAAAUUCAAAAGGCAGUAAAAGGAAAACAACAACAACCUCUUAGGCAAUAUAGCUUUCCACAGUGCUCCUAUAGCCGAAAGGCCGGCCACCUACUUAAUGGGUGAACUUUCUGUACAUUUCCCCCAAAAGGAAACUAAGCUAAGGUUAGGCGGGUGAUCGCAAUAGAAAUACUUACCUGGGAAAAACACUGUGUUUGGAUGGCAUUGAGUUAAUGUGGAAUAGUACUUGGCCCCCUUCUCAUUUAAUUGUUCAAAACAAGAGGGCAGAGGGUUUUCUUGUUCUUAGUACUGCUACUUCUGCAACACAGAGAUAAACACUAUCUGUAGCAAUGCAGAUGUCGCCGGCUGUUCGAAAGCAGCAGCACCUUGAGUGAAGUAGUAGUUGAACAAAACGGAUAAGCGGGGGAAGUGUAGGGCUUCUGGUUUGAGUGCCAAGGAGCUGUCAGUUUCAAUUGCUUUUGGCCAUUCUACACAUUUUUUUGCUGAGUAAUUUCAGACUGCCCGAAUGUUUCUUGACUGUGCUCUUCUGCCUAUACAUCGAUCUGCCCGCAGAGCAAGGCACAUACUUACUCUUAAUGUAAAGACUAGAAACUGCAGCUUUGCUUUCUUUCACAGUGACUGUGUCUUGGGGGGUGGGGGAGGAACAGAAAGAAGGAUUGUAUUAAGUGGGGCUACAGCAACAAAGCAAAGUUUAGAUUCCCCCCCCCCCUCAACAAUGAUCUCAAAGUUGAAAUGGACUAUAAUCUUAAGAGUAGCAUUUCUUUACACUGGAAGAAACCUUUUUCCAUGCACGUCUGGUAAAUAUGUAUUUCUUUAAAUUGUAAACCUAAUGACAGUUGCCAGAUGAGCAGAUCUUAUAAGAUGCUUAUCUUAUUUUGGUUUCCUUAAGGUGAAAAAAUAAAGUCUGUCAACUUAAA